GCUCACUUUGGUACCUGGUAUUUGCCUGGCCCAAUACCAUUUUGUUAGGGGUGAUCACUCUACAUUUCCGAAACGGCAGGAACCAGUCAGUGAAACCACGCAUUGCAUUGGCCAUGGCGGAAAAGCAGCAACCAUCCCAGGAUCCUGGGGAUCCCUCUCCAGGAACACAGAACUCAGCAUUGCCAACACCGGACAGCCAGACUGACAUGCCGCCUGGAGGAUCUAAACGACCUCACACCCCGAGGAGGGAGGCCGAUCUCAGCAGUCUGCUGAGCAGUGGUGAGAAGGCUGAGCUUCUGUUGCUUAUCUCCAAGAUCACAGAGAAAAUGCAACGCCAGAUCAUUCAGGUCUUUGAGUCCAGUGGCGUUGGCGAUCCUAAGAAACAGGCUCCUCCCAACUUCUGGAACAAGCUCCCUGCCAAGUUGAGGGACCUCAGCUUGCAGCAUGCCGACAAGGAAAAUCAGAAACCAGGCUCAUCCAAACAAGGCCAGGGCAACGAGAAAGAAGCCGGUGCAAAGGAGCCUCUUGAAGAUGAGGAAACAGAAGUUGUUGGCUUGCAGGAGCUCAAGAAGGAGAUCCUGCAUUUCUUCCGCCGAUGGCAGGCAUCUGUCCAGAGAAGGACUGCCGACAUCUCAGUGUCAGCCAAGGGUGCCCCCAAUGCCGCACAGAGAGGCCAGCAGUCCUCCUCCAUGGGGAAGCGGCGUGGCACCGCCAAGGUCAAGCCUAAGCCAUCCAAUACACGUUCCACAGAGGUGGAGGCAGAUGCAGCCCUGAUCCACCUCCAACCCCCGACUCCCACCAGCCUGACCUCGCUUCCCAUGGAGAAGCGAGUUUUGCUUCUUCAUUCGAUGCUUCUUCUCUUGCUCUCGCUGGAGAACUACAGUGCGUAUUCGCGCGUGCUUCUGCUCAACAUAGCAUCGUCACUGCACAUCCCGCUCCAUAUUCUGGCUGAAGAUGAGGUCCGAGUAGCAAAGAGCCUGUCUCAGGUUACCAAGGAAAUCUCAGGCGAUGAAGAGAUCCAGAAGCGGAAUGAGGAGAACAAGACGGCGAGAAGGUGGAAGGUGGGCCUGGCAAGUGUCGCUGGGGCAGCUGUAAUCGGUAUCACCGGGGGCCUUGCAGCACCUCUCGUGGCUGCUGGAAUCGGGACCGUCCUUGGUGGGAUUGGGCUUGGUAGCACGGCAGCUGCAGGCCUACUGGGUGCCAUGGCAGAGAGCAGCUUCGUUGUCGGCACCUUGUUUGGAAUAUACGGUGCCAAAGCCUCCGCCAAGAUGGUAGACCAGUAUACCAAGGACAUCCAGGACUUCGCCUUCUUGCCAUUGCAUGGAGCCAUUCGCAGCGAAUACAGGGACGGAAAGGAUGUCGCCCCUGACGACCGCAGACUGAGAGUUGUGCUCGGCAUCGGCGGCUGGCUUGUACAGAAAGAAGAUGUUGUCAACCCGUGGAGAUCACUCGGCCAUCAGAGCGAGGUGUACGCCCUGAGAUGGGAGCUCGAGGCAUUGAUGAAGAUGGGAAACUCCCUUGAAACGGUGGUCAAGAGCGCCGCAUGGUCUUUGGCGAAGAAGGAGAUUAUUGCCCGAACGAUUUUCUCUAGCCUUCUCGAUGCCCUCUGGCCCAUCGGGCUCCUCAAGAUCAGCAAGAUCAUCGACAACCCCUGGAGUGUGGGGAUGGUCCGCGCCGAUAAGGCCGGUGCCGUGCUCGCGGAUGCCAUCAUAAACAAGGUUCAGGGCGAGCGUGGAAUCACGCUCAUUGGAUACAGCCUCGGGGCGCGCAUGAUUUACACGUGCCUGAUGUCUUUGGCCGAGAAGAGGGCGUUUGGUCUUGUCGAGAACGUGGUCAUGAUGGGCACCCCCGCCCCCUCGGAUGCCCAUGUCUGGUGCGCCCUGCGAAGCGUCGUUGCCGGUCGACUGGUCAACGUCUAUUCCGAGAGCGACUACAUUCUCGGGUUCUUGUACCGGACCAGCAGCGUCCAGUAUGGAGUUGCGGGGUUGCAGCGGAUCCAGGGGACGGACGGUGUCGAAAAUGUGGAUGUGUCUGAUAAGGUCAGCGGCCACCUGAGAUACCAGUACCUCGUGGGGAGCAUCCUCAAGCACAUUGGCUGGGAAGACGUCGACCUGGAUCAAGUCGCGAAAGACGAGGAGACACUGAUGCUCAUGGAGGCGAAGAGCCGCGAGCGUGAGAGGAACCGAGAGGCCGUCGAACUCGACACGGAAGCCACGCAGCUGGAGAAGGAAGUUCAGGAAAAGAAUGAUCAUAACCACCUCCGCGGUCAGACGAAGAAGCCGGCCAAGAAUUAGGUGUCGAGGAAGGCUCGCCGGGCGAGAGGUGGUGGUUAUGGUGGUUCAUCACGGAUGUAGAUUAUUCGGGACGACUGCGCCCAAGGAUGGAGUAGUAGAAGGAUUACGCGCGGAUGUGAACUUAAGUCAUCGGACUGGACGGAGAACAGCAAGAGAGAGAGUGUAAAUCACUCAUGUAUCUUAAUGAUAGCUCUAGACUGUUGGACCUUGAGAUCCAUCACCCCGAUUCGAGGGGGGAACCCUAACUUAGA